CUGAUUUUAAAACAGUGUCCAGUAUAGUCAACAUCCGUUCAGUGAACAGUGCACAUUGCCGAAACUUUUUUCUCACUGCAAAGAUGGACCGGUUGGUCGACUCGCGCCCCGCUAUGGGUUUUCCAAACUACCUGCAGUACCCUUACGGGCAUUUCGACUUCAGGCGAAUCCCCUACAGCGGACGAAGCAUGGUACCGUCGCCGAUACUAGAAGAGCGGAGACUUCAACAAACAGCGUUACCUCACAUGCAAACAGGAACAGAUGAAACGAACUCAUGUAAUCUUUUCGAUCCGAGUAUGUAUAGUUAUGAACGUUCACAACGCGAUACUCGGCCCCUGCUGGACAGUGAUUGUGACACCGAUGAACAUUCCGAGAUCAUGUCGCAAAUGACAACGACGAAUAAAGUUGAUCUGGCGAGUUUAAAAAGAAAAUACCCCGACCACUGCAGGAUACUAAAAGUGAAAGAUUCCAGCGGCUGUGAACGAGAGAUGGUGUUUCCAAAAGCCCUGGAUCUUGAUCGACCGAAGCGGGCCAGGACGAGCUUCUCACCACAGCAAUUAUACAGACUUGAACGUGAAUUUCAACGCAACCAAUAUAUGGUCGGGCGAGAUCGGGCUGAACUUGCGACGUGUUUACAUCUAUCGGAGACACAGGUUAAAGUCUGGUUUCAAAACAGACGAACGAAAUUCAAACGUGAAAAAUGUAAAGAAGUGGAAAGCCAACAACGGAAUGCCGAAAGCAUGGCCACGAGAAAUAUAUUAGAAAUAUUACAGUAUGGGCCCAUGGCACGAAUGUCUUACGUUUAGCUCGUUGUCAUGACAAUACGCUGUAUGAAUUUGUGUAUUUCGUGUUGCUGGAACGCUGCUGAAAUCCGUCGGUACCUUUAAAGUUAUCGCCACGCUUAGAGAACUCAUUUGACUAAAGUGGUACCGACGACACUGUGUAUCGAAAGUUUUACACUUUCAGGUUGAUUAAACCAAAGAACUAGUCAUCGCAUGUUAAACGAAUACAACAUUGAUAAACAAGGAACUGUUAAAAUAUUUGUUGGAAGAUACAAUGCUGGGACAUUUUUUUUCUACAUUUCUUGUUUU